AACUGUGCAAACGACGUCGUCUCGAGGAUUAAAAGUUGGAAGUCACAAAAGCGACAGCGUUUUGUGACAAAGCUGAGGUGAAAUAGGGCAUCUCGAGGGGCUUUGUGACUGUUUCGCGAACACUCUCUGAGUAGCUUUCUCUCGGCGAUUGCGACUGUCUCCUGAUUAUCGUCUCUCUGUGAGAUCUCCGGGAUAAGUAAUCGAAGAUGAAUAUGAAUCAGCUACUCAUGCAAUCUAUGGCAGAGACUCGCGGCCUCUGUCAUCCUGAUUGCGUAAAAGCAAGUAAAGAGCAAGAAGAUUACGAUGCAUCUCAACAUGCAGCUAUGGUAGCAGUGAAUCUGAUUAGCUCUGCACGGGUUAUCUUCAACCUCGACGCUGUGAGGACUGAGUACUCAGCUCAGUAUUUGGUGGAUAAUGCUGGGAAGGAAGACGACGAGGGAGAAAUUGAUCAACAAAGCUCUCAGCUCACUUUCGAAAACAUCCUUCAGUAUAUGGUGGAAAACGUCUGGAACAAGAGGGAAGAUGUGCAGGGAGAAAGGGAGCAACAUCUCACCGUCAAAGACUGCCUUGAAUGUGCUUUCAAGAAUGGGCUACCAAGAAGAGAACAUUGGUCACAUGUGGGAUGUACGUUCAAAGCUCCACCAUUUACUUGUCACAUUCCUCGCGUCCCCAUGAAAGGAGAAGUGAUUGAGACUAAGACUGUGGAUGAAGCAAUGAAGUUGUUGAUGAAACAACCGGUGGGAGCAAGACUCCAUUUAUUCAGUCCAGAGAUUGAUCGUGUUCGAGAGGGGAUUUACGAUGGCCCGUCAAGUAAUGGAUCAAGCUAUGUUGGACUUAGAGAUGCCAUGAUAGUUGCAGUGGAUAAGUCCGAGGAAAAAUUUGUUGUGAAAGUGCAGAUCUGUUACAAGAAGAAGACUUCAAUUGUCAAAGUAUGUAUGAGGCGUAUGUUUGUCCAGCUUGAUGGUGAUGAGGAGUCUCAGGUGAAAGAGCCAACAGGUCUGCUUGUUGACUUCUGUAUCCCACGCUUAUCUGUCAACUAAACAAGAGCUGAAAUCUUGGGAAGUAUUUGCUAGUUUAUGGAACCUCUUUGUUGGUCCUAUUUUAAGAAUGUUUUAUCAGACUUUUUUUCUGCUUUAAGUAUCUUGAAAACAGUAUGCUUGUUGUGAAACUCUGCUUGUGGUCAGAAUUUAAGAUUGUUUUAUGAGACUUUUAUCUGUGUUUUAAGAAGUGGAUCGCUACUUUCUUCAUAUUUA